GCAUUCAGUGUCGGCGGUUUGCGGCGAGCGGUUGGAUUCGGAUUCUUUGGUCGGUAAAACGCGAAAUCUUCUGUGCGGCGGGUGAAAUCUUCGGCAGAAGAAACAACAAAGCGACAAGUGUGGAGUGUGGAGUGCAUACCGUACCACGCAGAGAUAAUAAUUCGGACUGUGAAGAGUCGUGAGCCAAACAAAUGAAUCGCAAAUAAAUGAGGGCAAUCACCGGAGCAGAGAUGCGAGUUAUGGCACAAUAUUGCCUAUAAAUAGUGUAACUGAAGGAAAGAAAAAGUGGCAGCCGUCGAAGAAAACACAAGAAACGAAAAGGGAAAGAGCCGAGCCACAAAUAAAGCUAAAGAAAACAGAAAUCGAAAGAACAAAGGCGGGUUUGUUGUGGGUCAAGAACGAAAGUUCGGCCCAAAAGUGCCCGUUCCGUAUCGAUUGUGCAUUUUUGAGCGGUUUUGAAGAGGUCAAGCCGCAUACUCCAGUCCACACCUGGUUGAACCUGGCGUAGCGAAGUCCACGAGUCCGCACAUUAUGACACAGCAACAGCCGCCGUGGCCAAGUCCCAUUUCCAGCUCCAGUUCCAAUCCCAGGGGAAAAUGCUGGCUCAUCCUCGUACUUAUGGCUGUGCUCCCACUGGUGGCAGAUGUUGGAGCCCUGCCCUUCCUGUUCACGCACAUCAAGCCGCAGAUCAACUGGACGCAGCCGGAGAUGGAGAGCUGGGUAAUUGAGGAGCAGCCGCGCAGCAUCGAGCCCCACCUGGAGCCAGUGCUCCAUCCGAAUCGCACGCACCGCGCUCUGUCUUCGGACAGCACGGAUGCGGAGUUCCUGCAGAGGUUGGUCAGCAUCAGGCACAACCAGACGGCCAGUUCCAGGAUGCUGUGGUACGACGUGGCCGGCGGAGAUGGGCUGGUGUACCCACCGUUCGUGGACAAGGCCCUCAAGCUGCUGAACCUCAAGCAGGUGGCCUUUGAGAUCGAAAACAGCGUGAUGUCCAAGGUGACCUGCACCGCCUGCAGAGCGGGAGCCGGGAUGCUGCAGCAUCAGAUCCAGUCGGGCAAGACGGAUGCGGAGCUCAUUCGCAUGAUCACGGACUACUGCACCAAUCUGAACAUCCAGAGUGCCCGGGUCUGCCAGGGCGUAGCCCAACUCUUCGGCAGCGAGCUGAUAUACGUGCUGAAGAGGGUCAAUCUGAGUCCUGAUGAACUCUGCAGCUUUGUGAUUGGCGAUGGUUGUGCGGACGUGUACAAUCCCUAUCACGAGUGGGAGGUCAUAUUCCCACCAGUGCCCAAGCCACCUCGCCUCCCAGAUCUGCCCAUUCCCAUGGAGGCGGCUCCCUUCUUCAAGGUCCUGCACAUUUCCGAUACCCACUACGAUCCCCACUACGCGGAGGGAUCGAAUGCGGACUGCAAUGAGCCGCUUUGCUGCCGACUGAGCAGCGGUCGUCCGGCCACGCCCAAUGCAGCUGCCGGAAAGUGGGGCGACUACCGCAAGUGCGACACCCCGAAGAGGACGGUGGACCACAUGUUGUCCCACAUAGCGGAGACCCACAAGGACAUCGACUACAUUCUAUGGACGGGCGAUCUGCCUCCGCACGACGUGUGGAACCAAACCAAGGAGGAGAACCUGGCCAUCAUUAAGGACACUGUGAAACAGAUGGUCGAAAUGUUCCCGGGAGUCCCCAUCUUCCCUGCUCUGGGCAACCACGAAAGCGCACCGGUGAACAGCUUCCCACCGCCGUACGUUAACCAGGUGGACAUAUCUAUUAGUUGGCUAUACGACGAACUGGACAUCCAGUGGCGCAGGUGGCUGCCCCAAAGUGUGACCCACACGGUGCGGCGCGGUGCCUUCUACUCGGUGCUGGUUCGACCUGGAUUCAGGAUCAUCUCGCUGAACAUGAACUACUGCAACAACAAGAACUGGUGGCUACUGCUCAACUCCACGGAUCCCGCCACUGAGCUACAAUGGUUCAUUUACGAGCUGCAAAGUGCGGAGUUCUCCAACGAAAAGGUGCACGUCAUAGGUCACAUUCCACCAGGACACUCGGACUGCCUGAAGGUCUGGUCUCGCAACUUCUACAAGAUCAUAUCGCGCUAUGAGAGCACAGUGACUGCUCAGUUUUAUGGACACACGCACUACGAUGAGUUUGAAAUGUUCUACGAUCCGCACGAUCUGAACCAUCCCAACGGCAUUGCGUACAUAGGUCCCUCUGUAUCGCCCUAUUACGAUCUGAACCCCGGCUAUCGUAUCUACUACGUGGAUGGCGAUCAUGAUGCCACGACGCGCCUGGUCAUCGACCACGAGUCCUGGAUAAUGAACCUCAAGGAGGCCAACCUGUAUGGCUACCCCAUUUGGUACAAGCUCUACACAGCCCGAGCGGCAUAUAACAUGAAAGCCCUGCGUCCCAGUGAUUGGAACAACCUGCUCAACGAGCUGACCAAUAAUCAGGAGCUAUUCGAGCUGUACUACAAAUACUACUGGAAGAACUCCCCGGCGCGACCCACCUGCGAUGCGGAGUGCAAGAAGAGGCUCAUCUGCGACUGUCGGAGUGGGCGUUCCCACGAUCGGAAGCACUUCUGUGCCGAGGUCGAGUCGAAGAUCGACGAGGAGUCUUCCAAGUCAUGGAAGUCCUGGUUCUACAAGGGAUUGACCAAUUCGUAAGCACUGUUUAUGUCAAGUUCGUGUUUCUAUGGUGUAGGUGGCUCACACAAACUAAUGCAACUCGAGUUGUAAUUGUAAUCAAUCACAUAUUUUAAGCCAUUAGAUAUUUAAAGCUAUUUGAUCGUCAUUUCGCAUUCUCAAAACAUACUAUUACUGCAUAAUAACAACCCCAUUUUAUUUUUCCCACUGGUGUGGUCCAUGCAACAACUAAAAACCUAAAACAUAUGACCGAACAGCGCCGAGGAUCGGACUGAAGAGCCGGCCCCCACCACCGAUGGCUAUGGGCCUUUCGAUGUGGUGAUUGUUAACGUUGGUGGUUGAUUUACUAAGGAAUAAGGUCCCUGUACAUAUCACUGGUGGCCAGAAUCUGUAGUGCCCAUGACAAUAAAUGACCUAAAUAUUUACCCCCAAACUCUUUCUUCUGCCCAAAAGCUAUAGCCUUCUGUCCUCCAUCACAUACCUGCCCAAAUACCUGCUCGGAUAUCGCUGAUUCCGAUCUGAGAUGGUCGUUUGAGGUCAUCCAACUGCAAGUCAAUGCAAUCGCAACGAAGGAAAACUCCUACCCCAUAAGCUUACUAUGUGAUAACUAGUGCUUAAAACCAUUUCGCUUAGUGUACGUUAACGCAAUGAUGUCCCAAAACUGCCUGCUUUGAAACCUUACAAUCGCCCUUCGGAAUCUGAGUCAGUGAAGAAUAGUCAUUUAUCUGUAAUCGAGUCGAUGCUGUUGCCCACUCCGCAGCAUUUGCGGUCGUGGCAUGUUGCGCGCUUUUACGCAAUGGAAAUUGUCGAGCAAAUUACCUUCUAAGACACCUAAUUGUAAAGCUAACCUAGGUCUUAACUUAAAUAAAGUGCAAUUAUUUUUAU